GCAGGUUAUCAAGACUGAAGAUGUAGAGAAGAACCUUCCAGUCAAAGGGAAAAGGCAGGUCCUGCUGUGCUCAGGUACUAUCAUCCCCAUCUUAGAGAUGUGGACAGGGCCGCAACAGUGUCAGGGCGUUUCCUGGCUCCUCAACAGCAGGAUCCGAAGUCGUCUGGAGGAUGUGCCGCUCUGCUUGGGGCGGACCUCCCCUGGAGCGCACCUCCCCUGGAGCGCGCGGGCGCGCAGGGUGCACACAGCCCUCUUGGACCCCGGGACCGGCUCAGGCUCAGGCUCGGCGUCAGCAAAGGGACCUGCGCGGCGCCCUGGGGCGGAGGAGGCCCGAAGGCCACAGGCCGCCGCCCGGUCUUCUUCUUUACCCGAAGGGCGGCCGCGGCGGAUGGGAAGCCGUGCACGACGAGCACAAUCUCCAUGGGGAGGAGAACAGGAAUGUUCCUGUGAGCCCCGCCGCGCCCUACCGCCAGCGCAGCCCAGCAUCGCGGGUCCCCUCCUAUCCCACCGGAGAACGGGGUCCUCACUCCCAGCUUCAGCCGAGCCCUGGCCCCGCAACUGCCUGAAGGCACGCCCCCUGCACCUGCCCACCUCAGGUCCCGCCUCCAGCCCAGUGGCCAAGAUCGCGGGUCUCUACAAUGACUCGGAGCCACCCCGGAAGACCAUGCGCAGAGGGGUGCUGAUGACCCUGCUGCAGCAGUCGGCCAUGACCCUGCCCCUGUGGAUCGGGAAGCCUGGUGACAAGCCCCCACCCCUCUGUGGGGCCAUCCCUGCCUCAGGAGACUAUGUGGCCAGACCUGGAGACAAGCCCCAGGAGGACUACUCUAUCCUGUUUGAAGACACCUCCUAUGCAGACGGCUACUCCCCUCAUCUCAGUGUGGCCCAGAGGUACCUGGUAGCUUCUAAGGAGCCCAAGAAAAAGUGACGCUGCCCGGCGGACUCGACGUCCUCCACCAUCUUGGGGCAGGACAGCAGAGGAUGUGCUGGGAUUAAACAGACAUCCCCCCUCCACACAUCUCCUGGGUUUUACUUCUCCAAACCCUUCUCCCCUCCCCAGAUAUGGUGACCUGGGGAGCUGAAGGCUGGGGGAGAGGUGACCAUAUGUGGCCCCACUGGGCAUUCACUCUUUCAGCUCAGAGUUUCUCUUCCUUUCCAAUACAGGCUCUACAUGAACACAAA